AGAUGGUUGUUUGCUGCUGAAAGUUGAACCUUGCACGACUCUCGCAGCGGCAGGACUGACUCAUUUCUUCUGGCUAUAAUGAUUGCAUACAUUCUAUUUUCCGUUUUGGCCAUUUUGCCCUUAUUGCUUUACUUGAGAAACCGUUACGUUUUUACUGACUUCCGUUAUGCCACCGCUAUGAUCAAAAUUGCCAUGCAAAUGGCCAAAUUCAAAAAACGGAAACCUUUUUACAGUAUAUUGGAUAGUUUUCUGGACAAAGUGGCGAAGCAGCCGAACAAGCAGUUCAUACUUUUCGAGGAGAGCUCCUACACUUACAGCCAGGCGGACAAAGAGAGCAACAAGGUGGCCAGAGCUCUGUCCACGCACGCCCACCUGAAGGAGGGGGACACGGUGGCGGUGUUCCUGGGAAACGAGCCGCAGUUUGUGUGGACCUGGCUCGCACUGGCCAAACUGGGAUGCACAGCUUCUCUGCUGAACUGCAACAUCAGAUCCAAAUCUCUGCUGCACUGCUUCUCCUGCUGCGAAGCCAAGGUCCUGGUGGCCGGUGAAGACUUGCAGGGGGCUGUAGAGGAGGUGUUGCCCGCCCUAAAGGAGCAGGGCGUCCGUGUGUUCAUCCUCAGUGAGCACUGUGAUGUAGAGGGCAUUGAAAGCUUCUCAGACAAAAUUCAGCAGGCCUCAGAUCAGCCGCUGUCACCUCAGCUGAGGGCCAACAUUAACAUGUCGAGUCGUGCGCUGUACAUCUACACCUCAGGGACCACAGGGCUUCCCAAGGCAGCUGUUAUUAACCACGAGAGGCUGUGGCUGUCAUCUUUUUUUCAGUCCAUGGUUGGCAUUCGCUCCAACGAUAUAGUCUACGUUUACCUUCCUCUUUACCACAGCGCUGGCUUCCUAAUGGGACUUUGUGGAGCCAUGGAGAAAGGCAUCACUAUUGUGUUAAAACGUAAAUUCUCAGCCUCCAACUUCUGGAAUGACUGUAGGAAGUACAACAUUACAGUUAUUCAGUACAUCGGAGAAAUUAUGCGCUACCUCUGCAACACACCAAAGAGAGACAAUGACAGAGAUCAUAAAGUCCGAUUGGCCAUGGGGAACGGGAUAAGGACAGACACCUGGGCUGAAUUCUUGCAGAGGUUUGGGGACAUCCGUAUCUGUGAAGUUUAUGGAGCCACAGAGGGAAACAUUGGUUUUGUCAACUAUGUUGGCAAAGUUGGAGCAAUUGGCAAAGAGCAUUUUCUCCACAAGAUGGGCUGUAAAUACGCCCUCAUUCGGUACGACACAGAGAAAGAGGAGCCGGUCAAAGACUCCAGAGGAUUUUGUAUUGAAGUCCCAAGAGGAGAAACCGGCUUGUUGGUGGCAAAAAUUGGUGAAAGGGCACCCUUCGUCGGCUACGCCAAGAACCAGCAGCAGACAGAGAAGAAGAAGCUGAGAGACGUGUUUGUGAAGGGAGACCUUUACUUUAACAGUGGAGACCUUCUGAGGAUAGACGACGAGGGAUUCAUCUUCUUUCAAGACCGAAUCGGAGACACUUUCAGGUGGAAGGGAGAAAACGUGGCAACCACAGAGGUGGCUGAUCAUUUGCUCAUGGUUGACUGCGUGGAGGAGGCUAAUGUCUAUGGUGUGAAGGUACCAGGACAUGAGGGAAGAAUUGGAAUGGCAGCCCUGGUGUUGAAAGAAAACAUGGACUUUGACGGCCAAGCUGCAUAUCAGCACAUCAAACACUACCUCCCCAGCUAUGCUAGACCGCGCUUCAUUCGCAUACAGAAUGCCCUGCUGUUAACUGGGACGUUCAAGCAGAUGAAGAGGAAGCUGGCAGAGGAGGGCUUCAACCUGGCCGCCGUGACGGACCCUUUGUUCUACCUAGUGGACAAUAAGGGUUACGUCCCCAUGACUCAGGAGAUAUUCGACGCCAUCGCAGAGGGAAGAACCAGGCUCUGAAUGAGUCCUGUGUUUAUUAUUGGAUUGUCAGUUCCAAACACAUUUAAUUUGUUAGAUGAAACCGGAUGUCAGAUGAUUAUUAUUGACCUGCUCAUUGAGCGUUCAGCACAACAACUUCCACAAAACACUUUGCCUUCGAUAGUACACAAAACAUUUCUAUUGAUUUAAUUUUUGUUUGAUAUGCUUUUUAGUAAAAAAUAUUUUUAAAAGAUGGUUGUACAUGAACAAAGUCAUUUCAAACCAGUGACACAGAUAGAUUGUGAUCUUCAGUUUGUCAUGUACUGGUUGUACUGUCUCAGAGCCAGUACAGACAAUAUUACAUUUCUCUGUUACUCGUAGAUGAGUUACUUUCUGUGGAUGAUAAACUAAUACUGCUCUCAGGGCCCUUUAAGGAGUGCAGGUGCAUUGGCAGUUUCCAUUUGAGUCUGAGAUGGACCUGUUUUAGCCACAGGAGAACAAGACAUGCAGUUAAUUUUCCUGCAGGUGGAGGACAAAUGUUUCUGAGUCGUCUGUGACACCUUCACAGGGCAGCACAGCGGGUGCCGGCCACUCUGCACCCACUGGUUGCAGAAACUGGGCACGCUGUAGAACUUUGUCAGCUUUUUCAAGACUUUGUUUCCCAGAACAUUUGAAGGCAUCUCUGUGAUCUUUAACACAGGGCCAGAUGAUGGUGUUUGGAGAGCACCUGCAGCAUCCUUACUGAUAGGUCUUGUUCUAAAGUCGUAGCUAGACAUCGGCCCGAUGUAAGUGCACGGCAGAGGCUCGCUGUUGCAGCUAAGAGAGCGCAUCGGCCUCCUCGCCCGAUCCCAUGCCUUGUCGAUCCACAGCUCAACCUCAGCUCCAUCCUUCCUGGAUGCAGCCUCCUCACCGAGGGUGUCUGAGUCUAAGUUUUGUUUUUUUCCUGCUCCUGUCACCUCUUCUGUCCCUGGGUUUGUUUGGUCUCUCUUAUUCAGAGCUUUAGUCUCAGCCAAAAGAACUGAAGCUGUUUUGGAGAUGAGGUUCCAGUCCUUCAGGAUGUCAUCGGCUGUGGUGAACUGUGAUGUCACCGUAAAUCUGAUGAUGCGUUUGGUGUGAAUGUCUGCAGGAAUGAGGUACAUGCUGCCUGUGCGCGUCAGUCUCCUCAAAAGCUCCUGAGUCAAAGCAUUUCCUCCCUAAAAGAAACAUGAUAAAUCACUGUCAUUCUUUUCUUCCAUAGAAAACUAGAAUUUUUCAUUGGCACACAUCUAAAGUUUUUUAUUUGCUCAUUUAAUGAUCCGUGAUAUUACUUUGACCUUCAAGUUUGCCUGAUAAACUAGUUAUCCUCUUUCAGAUGCUCACCUUUGGACGUGGUGUGACUGAAAACCUUGAUCAUCUUAACAAUGAUAAGCAGACUUACUGCUCUAUAAAGAUUGAAAUCAAUUUAACCCUCAAUGUUUUGAAUGCAUAGACACUCCAAGUAUGUGCUUCAUACUUUCAGACAGAAGACCACCAGGCCCAGGUGCCUCUCUGCAGGAAUCUCAAAAUUUUGGUCACUCCUCAAGUGUGACUCCAAAAGCUUGGCCAUCUCAAUUCCCUUUCAAAAAAAGAACAACAAUGUAUACGUUUUUGUACAUUUAAAAAAAAAAAAAAACACAUUUAUUUACGUUUCAUUUCAUUCCAUAAACGGUUUGUGAGAAAGCAGCUUACAUGUCUGAUAUGAGCCUGGAGGUUUUUCAGUCCAAAUGAGCGCAUAACAAACCAGAGUUUGAGGGAACGGAAACGUCGACUGAGGGGAAUCUGCCAAUGCUGAAAAUGAAGGAGAAAAAAAAGCGAUUGCAUGAAGUGAUUCACUGUGAUGUUUCAAUCUUUAAGCUGGUAAAGAACUGAGAGUUUAUUACCAUAAAGUCGGUGGCUGCCUGUGAGUUAUCAUGUCUGAGGUAAACUGGAUCAACACUGAACGUCUGUUGCAGCUUGUAUUUAUCCUUUACCCUGAGAAAAAAACAGGGUAAAGCCAUUUAAACCAGCCAACCUCACGUGUUUUGCAUUUAUGGACAUUUAUGGAUAUGAGAAAAUACUCUUCAAAAUACAGCUGAGAUAUUUGUUCAGGGUAUUUACUCACCAGAAAGCUGUGCAGUCAAAAUGGACUAACAUCCACUUGGACGGGUUGAAAACAAACGAGUGAGAGAAUUCGAUACCCUCCAGAGACCAGCGGAGCUCGGGACAGAAGUACGCUGAGCCGGCGUAUGCAGCAUCCACAUGGAGCCACAGCCCCUCUUCAGCACCUGGGAAAAAGAUUUAAACACGACUACUGUAAAUCCACAUUAGUUUCACUUCAGAGGGAGUGCAGAAGGAGAAGGUAUAGGGAGUACAUUUGAAAACGUACAGAUUGGUCCCAGUUCAGAUAGGUUGUCGAAGGCACACACUCCUGUGGUUCCUAAAGUCGCACACAGCUGAACAGGAGAGACAACAUCAUCAAAUCAAGGAGUCACAUUUUAAUAUUGACAAUUUUCUUUUAAAACUCGAGCCGCAAUGUUUCUACUUCAUUUCAAUAUAAUUUCAAGGUGAAAAUGCUGCUCUUUGCACUCAUAGAAGAAGUGCUCGGACACUUAAGCAAAGAGAAUACCAAUACUCAAGUCUUAAAUUCCACAAGUGCAAGCCCUGCUUAACUCCUACUACAUGAAUAAACUUAAGGAUUAUCAGCAAACAAA